AUGGUGAUCAUGGACUGGUUGGCCACUCGUUUCCCUCAAGCAUCUUAUGCUAUGAAGAUUGAUUCUGAUAUGUACAUAAACAUGAAGAACCUGAUGAGCCUGCUAUUGGCACCCAACACACCAAGAGAGAACUACAUUACAGGCUACUUGAUGUGGAACCAGAAUGUCAUUAGAAACAAAAAAUCUAAGUAUUAUGUCUCAGAAGACCAUGUCACAAAGCAAGUGACAAAGAAGUGGCUCGAAGAUCAUAACAUUGAAGUUUUGGAUCCGUGGUCGGGUAACUCUUCGGAUCCCAGUCCCAUAGAGAACCUGUGGUGCUGUUUGGCUCAGGAUAGAGAUUUAAAAUGCCACAUUCAAACAGGUUUUGUUCUGCUGGUUGCAUUGACAUUAUCAUUGUCCAUCAUCUUUUUUGUCUAUGAUUUCUCAUUCAAUCCAGUCAAAGACCAUCACACUUGGUUUAACCUUGUAAAUAAGAUUCAUAAGUCUUAUAAUGUGGUGACUGAAGGCUUGUCUGGCAAAAGAUUUGUCUGGAAUUUUACAACUAAUCAACAAAUCAUUCAAACAAUUACCGCACAAAAACAUCACAUUUCAGUGCAUUAUCAUGUGGCUCAUCCAAGCAACUAUCAUUUCAUUCUGGACGAACCGGAUAAAUGUAGUCAGUGGGAUCCGUUCCUGGUCUUUAUGGUCCCUGUGGCGCCCCAUCAGGUAGAGGCUCGUAACGCCAUCCGGAGCACAUGGGGGAAUGAGAGCUCAGUGCAGGGAAAAGCAGUGCUGACUCUGUUCUUGGUGGGUUUGACUGGAGGACCUGAAGCUCAACAGAAGCUGGAGGAAGAGAGCCGUCAACACAGAGAUUUAGUGCAGAGCAACUUUGUGGACUCCUACUUCAACCUGACCAUAAAGACAAUGGUGAUCAUGGACUGGUUAGCCACUUGUUGCCCUCGAGCAGCUUAUGCUAUGAAGGUGGAUUCUGACAUGUACAUAAACAUGAAGAACCUGAUGAGCCUGCUAUUGGCCCCCAACACACCCAGACAGAACUACAUUACAGGCUAUUUGAUGUGGAACCAGAAUGUCAUUAGAAACAAAAAAUCUAAGUAUUAUGUCUCAGAGGAGCUUUACCCCGCAUCAAAAUACCCCACAUAUGUGUUGGGAGUAGCAUAUGUGUUCUCCAAUGAUCUUCCAAAAAAAGUAGUUGAGGCUUCCAAGGACAUGAAGCCAUUUAACAUAGAGGAUGCGUAUGUGGGCACUUGUCUGAAACGGCUGGGCAUAAAACCUUCACGGGCUCCAGAUCCUUCUCAAUUUCAGACCUAUAUGAAGGAUUCUAAAGGUCACGACCUUUCCAAGGUCAUUACAACAAUUGCAAGGUCACCAAAGCAGAUAAUAGAGUUCUGGCAAAAAGUAAAAAGACACAAGUGAACAGAAACCAGCACACAAGGAACAGAAAUGAGCAAAAUUAAAAGCCAACACAUCCCCUUUGAAUGUAUAGCAGGUAACAAAAUCAUUUGCUGUGUGAAAUAUGAUUUUUGUUUGAAUAAAUGUAUAAAUUAUGUGUAUA